GAGAUGGUAGUUCAAAAAGUGAAGAACUCAAAAGGAAGUGUGAAGAUCUCGAAGCUCAGCUGAAAGCCAAAGAGGCGGAAAAUAAUGAAUUAUUGAAAGAACUUGAACAAAAGAAUGCGAUGAUAAUGGUGCUGGAAAACACUAUUAAAGAAAGAGAAAAGAAGUAUUUGGAAGAGUUAAAAAUGAAAAGCCAUAAGCUCAAUAUGUUGUCAAGUGAACUAGAGCAGAGAGCGAGCACUAUUGCUUAUUUAACCUCUCAACUGCACGCUACUAAGAAGAAGCUGAUGAGUUCAAGUGGGACUUCCGAGGGGACCCCUUCUGGCAGUCCCGUGUUGUCCAACUACAAGCCGUCCCCUCCCAAAGAUAAACUGCCGGAGACUCCACGGCGCAGGAUGAAGAAGAGUCUGUCAACACCGCUCAACCCCGAGUUUGAAGAGGCCUACAGAGUAGGGUCAGAGAGCCGGAAGCUGCUGCUGAGAGAGCCUGUGGAUGCCAUGCCUGAUCCCACUCCCUUCCUGUUGGCCAGGGAAACGGCAGACGUGCAUCUCAUUAAGGAGAGGCCGUUGGUUAUCCCACCCAUUGCUUCAGAUCGUGCAUCUGGCGAAUCGCACAGCCCAGCCCGAGAGAAGCAGCACAAGGCGCACAUUGGGGUGGCGCAUCGCAUCCACCACGUCACGCCGGCCCAGCCUCAGCCGGAGGUGGAAACGCUGGCGGUGGAUCAGGUCCAUGGAAGCAAAGGGGUCAGAAAGCACUCAGGGACAGACAGAACUGUUUGA